AUGGGGUACAAUCAAUAUGAUAAACCUAACCCAGAUUGUGUUCAUUUGAUGGUACAUUUUGAUGGAGAAGCUAGCAAGCCGAUUUUGAAUGUUGACCCUGACCGAUACUCUUACUUUGAUUUGGUUGACGACGUUAACGAGUUGGCUACAGAUGUUGGGUGCAAGGAUUCAAGUUUGUCGGUAAGCCUUUGUUUUUUUCAUCCUGGUAGUCAAGGCAAAAUCCCCAUUAAAACUGAUUCAGAUGUUCUUGACAUUUUUAAGCUAAAUAAUAUGCGUAGUUGUAUCCAUGUGUAUGCUGCAUUAUUAAAUCAUCAUCAUGAAGAAACUGAAGUUCCUAGGCAGAUUGUUGAUACAAUAAUUAGUGACUCUGAUAUUGAGUGGGAUGGUGAUGAACUUGAACAAAAUGAAAGUGAAGAAACUAAUUCAAGUUCUAGUGACAUAAAUGAAGAAUGGAAAAAUGAAAUCAAUAUUGAUGAGCUUAGUGAUUACGAAGAAAAACAUGAUGUUAUUGUUACUGAUCAGAAUUCAGAUGAAGAUAAGGUGCCGAUUUAUGUUGAUAGAGGUAUGAAAGGAAGGAUAUUCGAACCUCUUUGUGAUGGAAAAGUUGAAUUAGAAGCAGGUUUAUUGUUUGUUGAUGUGAAUGAGUUUAGAACAUCCCUUAGAGAUUUUGUUAUACAAGAGGGAUUUGAGAUUAAGAGGAUUAAAAAUGAAAAGGCAAGGGUAACCGCUAUAUGUGUUGCAGAUGGUUGUAGUUGGCGCAUCCAUGCCUCUCCUACACCGGAUGGAAAAACAUAUAAGAUUAAGACAUACAACCCUACUCAUUCUUGCAUAUGA